AAAGAGAGUGCUGCGGUCUACUCAAUGAGAAUCUGUACAAAAAAUAGGUCUGUGGUGCUGAUGACCGAGUCCAGAUAAUUCCCUAAUUUGUUCGUAACAUAGCCACUUAAUUAUCAGCAAUUAUGUGGUUAGCUAAUUAUAUAGGAAUGGAACAAAAUAUACUUCCUAAAAACGGACGGGGACAGAUUGAGAAUCCACACGUCACGACCCCUCAGCCAAGCCCUAGACAGGAGGAAUCUAUCCAUGGACUGAACAUUGUUACAUACCCCCACCGAGGUCUAACCAGAGUCCGAGUUAGUUGCAUUGCAGCCUUUUCUUUUUUAAUCAAGUAGUAUACUGUAACCGUUCAACAUGAAGCUCGCAGUGUUUAGCACCAGGUCCUACGACAAGCACUAUCUUGACGUCACACUCCAGCAACAACACCCUUCCCUUUGUGAUAUCACGUACCACUCAUUUUCACUCUCAUCCGAGACCGUGUCUCUCGCCAAAGAUAGUGAUGCAGUCUGCGUCUUUGUAAACGACCAACUCAACGCCUCGGUCCUCCAAACCCUGUACGAAAACGGCGUCCGUGCCAUCCUCUUGCGUUGUGCGGGGUUCAACAACAUCGACCUGCAAGUCGCCGAAGAUCUAGGCUUCUUCGUCGCCAACGUCCCCUCCUAUUCACCCGAAGCGGUCGCCGAGUUUGCCGUGGCGCUGAUCCAGACUCUGAAUCGAAAGGUCCAUCGUGCAUUUAACCGCGUCCGAGAGGGGAACUUCAACCUUGAGGGUUUCUUAGGCCGCACGCUUCACGGGAAGACGGUCGGAAUUGUGGGAGUUGGUCGGAUUGGACUGGCGUUUGCGAAGAUAAUGCACGGGUUCGGGUGCAACCUGCUUGCACAUGAUCCGUUUGGAGGCGAUGAAUUCAAGAAGUAUGGUAAAUUUGUGGCCUUGGAGGAUCUGCUGCAGCGAAGUGAUAUCGUCAGUCUACAUUGCCCCCUUACGGAAGGUACCAGGCAUAUGAUCAACGAUGAGAAUCUGUCUCGGAUGAAGCAGGGUGCGCUGUUGGUCAAUACCUCCCGCGGAGGAUUGGUGAAUACCAAAGCUGUUAUCAAAAUGCUCAAGUCGGGUCAACUCGGAGGUGUGGCGCUGGACGUGUACGAGGAAGAGGGGUCGCUGUUCUACAAUGACCAUUCCGGCGAGAUCAUCCAUGAUGAUGUGUUGAUGCGAUUGAUGACAUUUCCCAAUGUGCUCGUUUGCGGGCACCAGGCCUUUUUCACGGAGGAGGCGCUCAGUGAGAUCGCCGGCGUUACCUUGGGGAAUCUGACGGACUUUGUUAUGAAGAGGACAUGCAAGAACUCGCUGGUACGUGAGGGCCAUUUGAUGGUCGAGACGGAUAGGGAGCCUGUACGCCUGUAACGUAUCCACUAUGGCCUGGAGCUGAACAUGAUGUCCUUGACUAUAACGGUAAUAAACAAAGAAAUCGACUACUAUCCUAAAUUUCAGAGAGAAUGUCAGGCAUAAGCUUUGGAAAAGGCUGCUCUGAGAGCCUCCGGUAUACUUAUGUAGGAUCACGAAAUGAC